UGACUAUAUAACCAAUUGUUGUGUUAUUUCCGGUUAAGACUUGACUUCCUUUUCACGUUUGAUUACAUCGAGUGUUGACUUACUGUUGAAGACAUCACCGAAACAAUGUCUUUAGUAAUACCGGAGAAGUUUAACCAUAUUUUGCGUGUUAUGAACACCAAUAUUGAUGGCAAACGUAAAGUGAUGUUUGCAUUGACUGCCAUUAAGGGAAUCGGUCGGCGAUUUUCAAACAUUGUCUGCAAGAAAGCCGACGUCGACCUCAACAAAAGGGCCGGAGAACUGACUGAAGAAGAGGUUGAGAAGUUGAUUACAAUAAUGUCAAAUCCCAGACAAUACAAGAUUCCCGACUGGUUUCUCAACAGACAAAAGGAUAUCAAAGAUGGAAAGUACUCUCAGGUGACGUCCAAUGCAUUGGAAAGCAAAUUGAGAGAAGACUUGGAACGGCUUAAGAAGAUUCGCGCCCACAGAGGUCUUCGACAUUACUGGGGUCUUCGAGUCCGCGGACAACACACUAAGACAACCGGACGAAGAGGUCGUACCGUUGGUGUCAGCAAAAAGAAGAACUAAUUGCUUGCAUAACAUUCUUGUUUGUAUUAAUACGUAUUUUGAAUAAAGUUUGCGAUCCAAUCAAAGAGUUAAUUAUUUAU